AUGACUAGUUUAACUGAUGCCAUCACGAAGCAGAACCAGCGAAUAUUUGAUAUUUGUCUAUCAAGUUCUAAUUUGUCAGAGAAUGAAUUGGACGAUGCUUUGAUUUUGGCGGUUAAACAAAAAUCAACUGAAUGUGUGGGGAAAUUACUCAAAGCAGGAGCUGAUAAAAGGUGUCCUAAACAGCAACCUCCCGAAACCUGCCCAGUUAAACUUGCUUUUGACAAGUGUUUGUGUGAUAUUAUUAAGCUAUUUAUAAUCAGUGGUUACGAUAAUUCACAUGUUAAAUUGUAUUUAUCACAAUAUCGUGAUAUGGAAGGGUAUGCAGAGUUAUCACGAUGGCAGUACCACAGUCACGAUGUGAUGUCAUUACGUUCAAUGUGUCGACUGUGGAUACGACAUUAUUUAGGAAAUAUGUUUUAUCAUAAUCUUCUUACUUUACCAGUACCGGAUAGAAUUCGACAGUAUUUGUUAAUGAAGGAAUUGGAUGAGGUGUGA